UCCCAAUACCAACCCAGAAAGCAACCUUUUGCUGAACUUCUGCACAGGCAAAAAAGAAAUCCCAAGCUUCCCUUCAAGCCCCAGCCUUCGCGUCAACGUACCAACACUCAACGGCACCCAUCACCUCUUCCUCUAUCACGCUCACCCAACGCAAGAUGGCUCGCAGUGGAUUCGUUGCCCUGGCCUGCGCCAUGCUCAGCGCCGCCAACGCGCUGGAAGUUGUGACUCCGUCUGCCGACCUGAUCGUGGUUGCUGACCGCACUUACACGGUGGAGUGGACUGGAGCCGCCUCCGGACGCUUCGAGAUUGACCUGUACCACUGCGGUUCCAUGUGCAUGGAGGACUCCUGCGGUGACUGGGUGACCGCCCUUUGCCCCUACGGCGAGGACGGAUGUCCCGACAACGAGGGCGACUACGACAUCAUCAUGCCCGAGCCCAUGUCGGGCGAGUCGAACUCGGGUUACAAGGUGCGCGUCAUGGAUGUCGCAGACGAGGACGACAUGGACUGCUCCGAUGCUUUCUACCUGAUGGCCUCCGAAGAUGCGCCGGACGCCGGCGAGGACGGAUACUCUCUCACCGUCACUUCGCCGGCUGAAGGCGACAUGGCAGAGGCAGGGGAGGAGUACACUGUCGAGUUCGACUACGACAACGGUGUCGGGUCAAAGGUGGACAGGUUCUCGAUCGACCUCUACAUGGCUGACGGUGACGGUGACUGUGGUACCUACGUGACUUCCAUCUGCGACAAGCCUUCGAUCGGAUGCAAGGACUCGAUGGGCGACUACGACGUGGAGAUCCCGUCUGACACUGAGGCUGGUGACUACAAGAUCCGAGUAGGCCGCUUCGAGGACGAGAACUUGUACGGCUGCUCUGGCACCUUCACAAUCAUGGGCGGUGACGACGAGAGCAUGUCGUACGACUUUUAAGUACAACUUUUUCCGGUCGAAUUCCUUGACCGAGCGGUGUCGAUAGUGUGGAACUCAUGGUGCACCUUUGGUGCGAAAUGACGGUAGAGUAGCGCCGUGGAUUUUUUUUCUCUAGAAUUUUCAGUCUUUGGGCUGUCUAGCACACUUUUUCCCGACAUGCCAGAGAGUGUCGCGGCAAACCCGACAGCGGGGAUGUCAUGACUGCUUCCGUUGGAAUUGUUGUCACUUGUUUGUCGUGGCGUCGGCAGGCAGACUUGCUUGAAUGAAGCCUUAACGUGUAGCCCGCCGUAUGGUUUUCGAGGCCGGCGUUCGUUCUUUUCUAUACCACCAUAUUCUCCAAGGUUUGUACAACCAGGUGUGCGGGAAAUGAAUCCUUUCUACGUUGUCCCCGUUGUUAAUUAGGUUUCAUGCUGUUGAACCUGGCUUGAAGUUUGACGUUGACUCCCACGAUGUGCGUGUGUGGCGUCACGUUCCUUGCCUAUGUUUGCGGCACUUUUACGUCGCGUCGCGUCCUCUGGUAUUAAUGUGAGGCACCGCGCGCGCUACAUUUUUGGUGUAUUUUUUUUCUUGUACGUUGCCCCCUCCUUUUCCCUCCCUUCGAGAGGGCAGAUCGAGCGUGGUGGCAACGAGUUCAUGUUUCUUGGCGAUCCAUAGCGAGUGGAUUCAAUGCUGCACGCAUGCAACCUGCGCGUUCGCACAGUAGUGGGUGCUGUGUUUGUAAGUCUGUACGACGUACCAAAGAUGAAACGAGGGGAUGUUUCUAGGACCGGGACAAUGUUUUUUAGCUAUAGCAGUCAUCUCGCGGUGGUUUGUAGGGUACCAUUGUUCAUUGGAUUGCAGUUUGUGAAAGUUGUCGGAUACUGUUGUGAAAGUUAGGCCUACAUGACAUUCUGUUUUGCUUCGCGCGCAACCUUGAGCUUGCCCUGAACUAACAAAUGUCUGCUGUCUUCCGUGGACGCAAAUAUUUGCGAAAACAUUUAUUGAAUUAUUUGAACGCAACAUCCUUCCCAACCAUUCAGGGACACUGCGGCACGUGCAACUACGGGCUAUAUUUUGCCUGCUGCGUAGACGUUGUCCCAAUGUGGGAAAUUACGUCUUAACCUCACUAUUUAUUCCCACGAAGAUAAAUAUUGUGGGCAUGAAUCGCAGAAGGCGGUCGAGUCCCCUCCUCCAGCGUGGCGUUUGUUGUAUGGCCUCCCUAUGUAUAUGGAGGUGGAGGAUAGGGGCUAGAGGGGCAGAUGAUAACAGUUCACAUGAAGAUGAGAGACGGACUUGGGCGCCUUCCGCGCUCGAGUGUGCAGCGGUCCAAUUGAUGAUGUUUCCCGAAGACUACAGCUCCAAAAAGUGUGUCUUUGGUGGGGUGCAGGCUUAGUUUUCCGCGGGUUAAAUUGAGUGCCCGACGUCGGGAUGUUGAGGUUUCAGCCAUAUGUAGUAUUUUACACUGCACACUGUAUGAAAAAGAAAAAGACGGGGAUGAGGCAAAAACGUCCCCCCCCUUUGGAAAAACGGCGAUAAAACGUGUUUAUAGGGCCAUUUCAAGCGCGUUUUUUGGGCUACUUGAUGCGUGCAACUGCGGACAUACCCCAAGUAUACCCCGUGACAUAUGGAACAUUUAUUUCACCGACGUGCUUGA